GUCAGUAUGUCGUCGUCCUUGGUGUGGGUGUCAGCUCGCUCCAGUCUCCUCGUCUCACCCCUUCAGUCUGCCCAAAAGCCUAUACAUCGGUUAAGGACUUCGUGUUCGUUGCGGCUUCAAGCGUCAAGAAAUCAUAAAUAUUUGUUCCAGAGAUCGUGAGGAUUUUCUAGCUGAAGAGGUGGAGUAGCAUGGUGAAGGACACGAGGCGCGCGGCCCCCCCGGCAAGAUGACCCAGACGAUAUACUCCCGCCCUCACCCGCGGGGACGCCCACCUCCGCCCCCGCCCCGCCCACACCCAACUGUAGUGAGGAGGACGUGUGUCAGGUGGCAGCAUGUAGUGGUGGCAGUGGUAGUUGCAGUAGCAGGCAUCUGCAGGCGUGUGGUGGGAAAUGGGGAGGAGUCGGUUCGGUUCUCUGCCCCACAGUACAAUGCCAGCGUUCCGGAGAACGCGCUUGGGAACACAGCCGUCGUCAGCGACACCAUGAUGGGUGUUUAUAUCAACGAUCCAGCCCUGAAGAUCAAGUAUCGCAUCGUAGAUGGCGAUAGCCAAAAUUUUUUCCGGGCUGGGAAGCGUAUGGUGGGCGACUUCUGCUUUUUGGAGCUGCGGGUGCGCACUGGAAACCGUCAUGUUCUGAACCGGGAGAGUCGCGAUCAGUACCGACUGAAGGUGAAGGCACAACACCGCCGUCACGAUGGCAGUAAAGAAGACUUUCCCGGCGCUGUAACCGAGGUUGUUAUUACCAUCACAGACCUCAACGACCUCACACCGUUCUUCCUGCAAGAUGAGUACCGCGUGCGCCUCAGUGAGGACACGCCCCUCCAUGCCUCAGUGGCGCGCGUCAAAGCCGAGGACCCAGAUGAUGGCCUCAAUGGCCAGAUAUAUUACAGUUUCUCUGACCGCACGCCAGUGUUUGCCAUCCACCCUACCUCAGGCGUGGUCACCCUGACACGACCCCUCAGCUUCCUGGAGAAGGCUGCUUAUGUGCUAGUAGUGCAAGCCCAAGACCGUGGUCGCCGGCAGCACGGAGGUUGGCCCUCAGAAGCCAGACUUUAUAUUAAUGUGACGGAGGAAAAUGUUUACGAUCCACAAAUAUUAGUGGUAAAGUUGCCGGAAUCUAUGCCACGUGCCCACUUGGCUGUAGUUGCCAUUAUCAAUGUUGUAGACCAGGACCGUGGCCCCAGUGGCGAGGUGAGGUCAUUAGAGAUCGUAGAAGGUGACCCUGACCGUGUAUUCCGUGUCCUGCCAGGAUCUGGUGCUAAUGAAUUUAACCUGGCAGCCCUCGACACCAUCGACUGGAACGAUUCUCCGUUCGGUUUCAAUUUAACAUUAAAAGCUACAGAUGGAGGCAAUCGGCCAAGGUUUAGCUAUAAAGUGGUACGUGUGGCCGCACCUCCACUUCCGCAGCAGGAGGCAGUGUUUACUCAAGAGGUGUACGAAGCUACUGUUAGUGAGAUGGCGCCUGUGGGCACCCGGGUGCUGCAGGUUGGCUCCUGGCUACCAGGAGCACAGCGCCGUGUUGAGUUUAGCUUACUAGCAGGCAAUAAAGGGGGGCAGUUCCAUAUAGAUCCCUUUUCAGGCGUCAUCACCACCGAAGCUGUCCUGGACGCUGAGACCCGCACUGACUACACACUGACUGUGGGUGCAACAAGUCCAUCUCUCGCCCUACCGCAGCAGCAGACUUCCGCCAAGGUAAUAGUGCGAGUAUCUGAUGCCAACGACAACACCCCUAUGAUAGUUGCGCCUCAGGGGAUUGUGCGUGUGGACGAGCACCAACCUGCGGGUACCUGGGUGACGAAGGUGAGGGCACAAGACUACGACUCCGGAGAGAAUGGUUACGUCUCCUAUAGUUUAGCUAACGCCGACGAUGUGCCUUUCACAGUAGAUCACUUCACAGGCGAGGUGAGCACCACCCGCGCCCUAGACUACGAGACGGAGCGGCGCACCUGGCGGCUGCUGGUGCGUGCCUCGGACUGGGGCUCGCCCUACCGUCGCCAGAGCGAGAAAGUCAUCACAGUACAUGUGGAAGGUGUCAAUGACAACAGACCUCAGUUUGAGCGUGUUGAGUGUACCGGGUACAUAGAUCGCCUCACCCCUUCAGGAACAGAAAUAUUCACCCUCUCGGCUGUGGAUUUUGAUCAAGGGGAGAUAAUCACAUACAGAAUUGUGGGUGGCAAUGACGAUCGUUGCUUUGGUCUGCAUUCCACCACAGGCGUGUUAACGCUGGAGUGUGACUUACAGGAUCUAAUGGUCUCUGAGCGAAUAGUCAACGUGACUGCCACAGAUGGACUGCACUUUGCUGACACACUGGCACUCCGUUUUCAGCUGGUGAGGCAGCAGAGCCCAUCAGCCGACUCAUGGGCGGCUCUGGACUGCAGAGAGAUGGGUGUAGCUCAACGCUUAGCCGAGCAGCUGGCGCGCGCCGCCAAAAAUAACCGCCAGGAUGAUCCCAUUAGUCUGUUGUCACCGCCACCACCGGUGCUGAACGCCCAUGCACCUGAACUUCUGAACGUGCCGCUGGAGGUCCGCGUGCGUGAGAACAGCGAUCCGGGCACAGUGGUGCUCAAGGUAGAUGCCAAGGAUGAGGACAGCGGCUACCCGGGCCACCUCGUGUACGUCAUUUCAUCGGGAAACGAAGAGUCAGUAUUCACGAUGGACUUGGAAACUGGCUCCCUGACGGUAGCGGGUCUGCUGGACCGAGAGAGAGUUGCUCGUUAUAAUCUCAACUUGACCGUGUACGAUCUGGGUAAACCGCAGCGAUCGGUAUCCCGGCUGGUCGUUGUCACACUCGUCGACGAAAAUGACAAUGCACCCAACUUUGAUAAGCCAGCCUACAGUUUUUUCUUGCCUGAAAACGUGGCCAAUGGUACCAGCGUGUACGAGCUACGAGCUCAAGAUCCAGAUGAGGGCAUAAACGGUGUGGUUACUUACAGUCUAGCAACGGAUACGAAAGACUUUAGACUGGAUCCCGUGACUGGGCGAUUAAGCGUAGCAUGGCCCUUAGACCACGAGACCCAUGAUGUAUACGAACUACGGGUGGUAGCUACAGACGGCGGAGCACGUUCAGCGCAUGCCUAUGUCACUAUCCAAGUAGCCAACAUCAACGACUGUCCUCCUGUGUUCCCCACGGAGCGAUCAACGGCCGUUCGUGUCCCCGAGGACCUACCUGUGGGAGCCCUAGUUACGUUAGUAACCGCCCACGACCCCGACUCUCCUCGCCUGCGCUACACCCUGAUGGGCGGGCACGAGGGCAUGUUCGAGCUUGACGCAGAUACCGCAGCGCUGCGUCUGGCCACCAAACUGGACUAUGAGACCCGGCCUGCCUAUAACAUCACAGUCCGCGCCACCGAUGACGGCACCCCGCCCCUCUCGGCCACCACUCACGUCAUCGUACAGGUGGUGGAUGUGGACGAGAAUGUCCACGCGCCGGUCUUCAUGAAGGACGUGGAGCAGGCCCUGGUAGCGGAGUCGGCUCCUCCCCACACCCUCGUGGCCACCUUCAGCGCCGUCGACGGCGAUCCAAACCCAGCAGACGCCGCCAUCACCUACUCCUUGGUGGGAUCCGAGGGGCGCGGAGUGUUCUACAUCGACCAGAAGGGUUCCAUCUACACGUCGUCCUGGUUGGAUCGGGAGACGGUCUCUCGUUACUGGCUAAGUGUGAGGGCCCAGGACUCAGGCACCGUGCCCAAGCACGCGACACUUCACGUGUACGUGGAGAUCGUGGACGUGAACGACCACCGGCCGCUGAGCUCAUGGCCCGUGUACUGGCCGGGCGUGCCGGAGAACUCUCCCCCGGACACGGUGGUGGUCACCGUGGACGCCAGCGACCCUGACCCCGGCGCCAACAUCACAUACAACAUCACCGCCGGCAACCCCCAGCUCCUCUUCACCAUCGACUCCGAGACAGGUGAAAUUCGGACAACAGCACGACGCUUAGACAGAGAAAGACAGGCUGAACAUGUCCUCGAAGUGACCAUUAGUGACGGGGAUGACCCCUCGACGGCCCUCUCCUCCACCACCUACGUCGCCGUCAACGUCCAGGAUGAGAAUGAUCACGCCCCGGUCUUCUUGGAGAGACUUUACAAGUUCUAUGUUCCUGUCAUUGCCCAUCACAACCUACAGAUGGAUGAAGCCGUUUUAGAUAAUGAAUAUAUAGAGGAUAUGCCAAUUGGGCAGAACUUCUCCUCACCCGAUGCUGACUACUUCCUCCCAUACAAGAAUGUGAGGGUGAGAGAUGCAGAGGAUGAUGAGGGAUCUGGGGGAGGUUCCCUUAUCCUGAAAGAGUAUAGGAGCUCCAGCCCUCUUAUGGAAAUAAUGGAAGACCAACAGAGGGUGGAGGAGGAGGUGGAGCUGGAAUAUAUACCUAUUUGUAGGGUUGUUGCAGUUGAUGAAGACGAAGAUGAUAAUGGGGAUGUAAGUUACCGUAUUGAUUUUACAAAGUGGCAUGGACUAUUUAAGAUUCAUCCAAAGACUGGUGUGAUAUCAGCAAAGGCUGGAUUGGAUCCAAGGGAAGAUUAUGAAUUCACGGUCCAAGCUAUUGAUAAUGGACGUCCACAGAAAUCUAAUUCUUGCUUGGUACUUAUCAACUUGGUGCCUGUACUUAAGACAUCUCCUCACCCACCUGUUAUUCGUGAGCAGCCUGAGAUGCGUGUAACUGUUCUGGAAAGUGACCCUGUAGGUCACCAUGUCACAUUGAUCGAAGCUCAGGAUGAUGAUCAGGGUGACCAACUCUGGUUUGAUAUUAUUGGUGGUGAUGAUGAGAACAUAUUCACUGUGGGUAGAGACACUGGAAGUGUUAUGGUUGCUGGCAAUUUGGAUGCUGAACAAAAAUCUCUCUACAAUUUGACAGUUUCUGUUACUGAUGGAGUUCAUGUUGUUACAACUCAGUUAAUUGUAUCAGUGCUGGAUGUUAACGACUAUCGACCAGCAUUCUCUGCCCCCAACUAUGAGGUUGAAGUGGGAGAAAAUACUGCUCCUGGCACCACUAUUUUCACGCUUACUGCCUCUGAUCCAGACUCUGAUCAACAUCUAACAUACACUCUUAUCAACACAGCCCAUACAUCUUCUUCAGCAAAAUUUAGGGUCAGCCCAAUGAGUGGCGACAUUGUUUUAUAUGAGCCAUUAGACAGAGAGGUACAAGAAGAACAUAUUUUGACAGUUGGUGUCAAAGAUGGCAUUCCUCCUACGAAGAGCAAUUAUGCACGUGUCGUCAUCAAAGUACGAGACUACAAUGAUCAUGCUCCACAGUUCCUUGCAACCCUCUACAAUGGUACUGUUACAGAAACUGCAACAAUUGGAACAACAGUUGCUGAAGUAAUAGCUAUUGAUCGUGAUAAAGGUGCCAAUGGUCACAUAAUGUACUCGAUUGUAUCAGGUAACAUUGGUGGUGUCUUCAGCUUGGAUCCAGAGACAGGAAUUAUAUCUUUAGCUAGAGCAGUUGAUCGCCAAGAGAUGCCAGAAUAUUGGUUGGCUGUUCGCGGAAGUGAUAAUGGCUCUCCACCCCGACAUUCGCAUGUUAAUGUCAAUAUUCAUGUGAAGAUUGCAAGUGGUGCUCCCCCAAGAUUCUUGAAGAAAGUGUAUAUCUUUGAAGUCAGUGAAGCAGCCCACGUGGGGGAUUACCUAGGAAUUCUUGAAGCAGAAAGUCGUUUGGGCGUUGUCUUUUCCUUCAUAGGUGAAUCACGACGCAACCCCUUUGCUAUAAACCCUGCUUCUGGGAUGGUUUCAUUAGAUAUGCCUGUGGAUUUCGAAGAAGUUCAGUCAUACAACUUCACUAUCUUGGCAUCAUCCAUGAAUGGACAAGAAGCAACUGCUCAACUGAUAAUAAAUAUUCGAGAUGAAAACGACAACCCCCCAUACUUUACUCAAAGUUCUUAUAGUGGACACAUCUCUGAGGCUGCUGCAGUGAAUUCCGUUGUACUCAUGGAAGACAACAGUCCAUUGGUAAUCUCAGCACGGGAUAAAGACUCGGACCAGAAUUCAAAUUUAGUUUUUACGAUACUGGAAGAAGAAGCAAGGAUGUAUUUUACAAUUGACUCAUCAACAGGUGCAAUAAGAACUGUCGGCCCUUUAGAUCAUGAGGUUGUGUCUAAAGUUAGCUUUAGUGUGAAAGUUCAUGACAAUGGCCAACCAAGACUGUCAGCAUCGACUACAGCCUCUGUUGUAAUUACCAUUACUGACAUAAAUGAUGUUCCACCAAGGUUCCUAUUGCAGGAGUACAAUGCUACUUUGCUCACGCCAACUCAGAGGGAUGUGUCUGUUGUGCAGCUUAAUGCUACUGACCUGGAUUUUGAUGGUAAAGCUAACCUUGAGUAUGAAAUAGCAGAUGGAAACAAGGAGGGAAAGUUUAAGAUCAGUGCUAAAACAGGACUCAUUACUGUUAAUACUUCCAGUAAUCUUGCUAGCAAUUAUCAACUGAAGGUAACUGUAAAUGAUGGACAGUUUGCAUCUAGUGCUGCAGUCAAUAUUUAUGUGGAGCCAAUACCUCGGACUGGUUUGAGGUUCAGCGAAGAAAAAUAUUUUGCUGCAGUGGAAGAAAACAGCACACGAGUGGACAAAGUUGCAAUGGUUCAUGUUCUAGGCAGUAAUCUCAAUGAGCAUCUUAGGUUCAGUAUCCUCAACCCCACAGAUAUGUUUACCAUUGGUGAUACAUCAGGUGUAAUUCAAACUACUGGCAAGCCUUUUGACCGAGAAGUCCAGGACAAUUAUUUAUUAGUCAUAGAGGUGCGCAGCGUAGUCCACACCACUCCAACCCGUGUGGCUCAUGUGCAGGUACAUGUGGUGGUCACGGACAAAAAUGACAAUGCUCCGAUUUUUGUGAAUACACCAUACUAUGGAGUUAUUUCUGUUGAUGCUAAAAAGCAUCAAGUAAUUUUUAGGGUUCAUGCAACUGAUUUUGAUGCUGAUGAGAAUCGUGAUGUUCGUUAUGAACUACAACGUGGUAAUGGGGAAGUGUUUGCUGUCAGUCGUUCAACGGGUGAAAUAAGUAUCAAACAAACACUAGAGGGGCUCAAGAGUGAAUAUGAACUCAUGAUAAGUGCAUAUGAUGGAGGUUCUCCACCCUUGUCUUCACAAGUUCCUGUUCGACUUAAAGUGGUGGAUAGGUCACAGCCAAUAUUUGACAGACAGUUCUACAGUGCUAUUGUAGCAGAAAAUGCCGAGUCCCACACACCCAUUGUGACUGUCACAGCACACAGUCAGCUUAGCAGAAAACUUAUUUAUACCAUUGUUGGUGGUAAUGAGCAUCAGACAUUUGCUAUGGAGCAUGAAGAAGGUCUAAUUCGAGUCCAAGACGGACUUGAUUUUGAGACUCAGAAUUCCUACCAGCUGACUGUUAGAGCAACAGAUAGUUACUCUGGCAAGUGGGCAGAAGUUGUUGUGUCUGUACAGGUCAUUGAUGUCAAUGACAACCCACCAGAAUUUUUACAACACUUUUACAACAUUACUGUGUCUGAAGCCACUGCUAUUGCUACUCCAAUUCUGACUGUCACAACCUCAGAUAAAGACACAGGAUCAAAUGCAGGAGUGAGUUACCGGCUAAUGGGACUGAAUGGAACUUUACCCAAGAAUUUUUACAUGGAUGGAGAGACCGGGGUGCUGAUACUGAAGCAAGGAUUGGACCGAGAAACUUUGCCAAUUCACCACUUCUUGGUGCAAGCCAUAGACAAAGGAACACCACCACUUUCGUCUACAGCACACAUUUUGGUAACAGUGUCUGACAUGAAUGACAACCCACCAGUAUUUGAGCAACAGGCCCAGCACUGCGUUGUGACUGAAGAUGCUUCUCGUGGUCACUUUGUUACCCUUGUUUCUGCUGCUGAUGAGGAUAUUGGUGAUGCCAAUAAACUUAUUUACUCUGUUGUGGAUGGUAAUGACCUACAGGCUUUUACCAUCAACUCUGCUUCAGGAAUAGUAACAGUUUGGAAUAGUCAAAAGCUUCGUGAGAGUACUCAACAUAUUCUAAACAUAUCAGUAAGUGAUGGUGUCUUCACGGCAUAUACACGUCUGGUAGUUACCAUCACACCAGUCAAUGCCCAUUCACCGACCUUCAAAGUGGCCCAGUAUGAUGCUAACAUCCAAGAAAAUGCCGCAAUCAAAACUACUGUUGCUCAAGUGUCUGCCAGAGAUGUGGAUUCUGGGCGUUAUGGUGAUGUGACGUAUCAUUUUAUAGGUGAUGAUGCACACAAGUUCUUUCGGAUUAAUGAAAAUACAGGUGAUGUAUGGACAUCAGAAGUAUUUAAUCGUGAGGAGCGAGCUGAAUAUGCCUAUACUGUAAUGGCCAUGGACAUAGGUGGGCGCACAGGUUUCACUACACUUCACAUUUCCGUUGAUGACGUGAAUGAUAAUAACCCUGUCUUCAUGCAGUCUGAUUAUAAAGCAAUCAUCAGGUCCAACACUACCUCUGGAUCUGUUGUCAUGAAGGUGUUUGCUGUGGAUGCAGAUUCAGGUGAAAAUGGCACAGUUUCUUAUCGCUUUCAUAGUUCAUCAUUACCAGAUACAAUGGAUGCUUUCUCUGUUAACUCAAGGACUGGAGAAAUAACUUUGAGAAGAAAUGCACGGGAUUUGGGAAGCUCAGUCUUUGAGUUCUUUAUUGAGGGCAGAGAUAAUGGACGGCCAGCCCUGCAUUCAAAUGUGGCAGUCCUAUUGCGCAUUGUGGAUGUAGAUGUUAGACCCCCAGAGUUUCUGUCCCGGAUUUAUACUCUCACAGUCUCUGAAGAUACACUGCCAGGCACUCACAUUGGGUCAGUGGGGGCACGUUAUGAUGGCGAGUUAGAAUAUACAGUCGAGUGGGGUGGUCACAAAGCGUCUCCCCCAGUGUCAGUCUCGUCAGAGGGUACACUGACCCUCACAUCUUUGCUUGACCAUGAAGACAUUCGGCGACUGUCACUUAUAGUCACUGCAAUGCCUGUUGACAAGCCAGAGCUGGCAUCAAGUACAAAUGUGGUUAUUGAAGUUCAAGAUAUAAACGAUGAAUCCCCUACAUUUGAAAGUGAGAAAUACUAUGUGUCUGUAGCAGAAAACACACCCUCAGGAUCAAAUGUUGUUAAAGUGUUUGCUAAUGACCGGGAUGCAGGGAGCAACUCUGAAAUCCGUUACAUACUGGAAGAACAGUCACCGCUUGUAGAGGAACCGCUCUUCACCCUUGACCCUUAUUCAGGCUGGCUCUCCCUCAAUCAAGAGCUGGAUGCUGAGACUAAAUCAAAAUAUGAGCUAAAGGUUCUUGCCAGAGACAAUGGUAGUCCACAAAAAAACUCCACAACAAGCAUAAUAAUUGAGGUUAUUGAUUAUAAUGACAAUGCUCCACAAUUUGUUAAGAAGAACUACCAUGCCUCAGUCAAGGAAGAUGCUCUCCCUGGAACUGUUGUAGCACAACUGGAAGUUAUUGACAUUGAUCUAGGAGGAGGAGCCUUGGAUGGGGAAGUAGGCCAAGGCAUAGUGUAUUACCUCACUUCUGGCAAUGCCCUUCAACACUUUCAUGUUCGAGGAGGAGGACAGAUAUAUGUUGCUAAAGCCCUUGAUCGGGAGUCUGUAGAUCAUUAUGCUUUAGAAGUUACUGCAACUGACGGUGUCUUUGUGGCAAAGUCUUGGGUCUUCAUUGAGGUUUUAGAUGUUAAUGAUAAUGGCCCUCUGUGCACCACCCCGUUGUACCGUCACACCAUAAGCGAAGGUGCCUUAGGUGGAACACCAUUACUCCGAAUAUCGGCCACUGACCGUGACCUUUUACCCAAACCUCAGUUCUAUCUUACUGGUCAAGGUGCAGGAAUGUUUUCCAUAGAUGUUGAUUCGGGGCAGCUUAGUAUAUCAAAACCUUUAGAUCGUGAGAGACAGUCACAUUUUUCACUCAAAGCUACUGUGAAGGAUGGAGGAAAUUUGGAAUGGGAAUGCACUUGUCAGGUGGAAAUAGAAGUUACUGAUGUAAAUGACAAUUCACCCAUUUUCAGUAUGCCCAGCUACAGUAUCAAUGUACCUGAAAAUUCUCCUGAGAACUUACUGCUACUGAAAGUUCAUGCAUCUGACCCUGAUAAAGGAAUAAAUCGGAAAGUAACCUACGCUUUAGAGGGAAAUGAUAUAUUUGUGAUCGACCGGCAAACUGGAAUAGUGAGCGUAACUGAAACACUGGACAGAGAAAGUCGUGCCAUGUAUAAUCUGACACUCAUUGCUACUGAUCAUGGGUCUCCACAACUAUCAUCAAGAACAAACAUUCUUGUACUUGUCUCGGAUGUAAAUGAUAACCCACCCGAAUUUGCCAGCCAUACUUACUUUACAACAGUGACUGAGAGUGCAAAUAUUGGAUCAGAUAUUGUGCGAGUGUUAGCCACCUCCAGAGACUCUGGAAAGAAUGCAGAAAUCACUUAUUCAAUCAUAGGUGGCAAUGAACAUCGCAAGUUUGCCAUUCAUCCAAAGACAGGCAUAGUAUCAAUCCUGGAUCCACUGGAUUACGAAAGGGCACACACUUACCAGUUAACAGUUCAGGCAACAGAUGGGGGUGAGCCGCCCCUCUCUAAUCAUGCAACUAUCAAUGUCACUGUUACUGAUAUCAAUGAUAAUGAGCCAAUAUUCUUACAAAAUUCCUAUUCUGUGAUUGUUAAUGAAGCUGCUAUCAUCGGAGAGCGAUUAAUACAGGUAAUAGCAACUGAUUUGGACAGCCUGGCAAAUGGCAGAAUUACUUAUGGCAUUGCAAAUGGAGAUCCUAAUCAUCAGUUUCGUAUUGAUCAGUUGUCUGGCUGGGUAUCAGUGGCAGGUCCUCUAGAUAGGGAGUCAGUUGGUUCAUAUAACCUCGAAGUAAUUGCUCUGGAUCAAGGAAUUCCUCAGAGAUCAGGGUCAGUCAUGGUGAAUAUUGAAGUAAGUGAUGCCAAUGAUAAUCCGCCUGUGUUUGUAGAAACAAACCACACAGCAUAUGUUCAGGAGGACAAACCAGUUAACCAUCUGGUGUUUAAAUUUGAUGUCAUUGAUGGUGAUGAUGAUGAAGCCCACAAUGGUGGUCCAUUCACUUUUGAAAUAAGAUCCGGUAAUGACAACACAGCUUUUCGCAUCACUCAAGAUGGACACUUGCGGACUGCUACCAAGUUUAAUCACAAAGUACAAGGACAUUACCGCCUUCAAAUCAGAGUGUAUGAUAAUGGCCGUCCACCUCUUUACUCAGAAACCUGGAUUGAUGUUAAGAUUAUCGAGGAAUCUCGGUAUCAUCCAGUUGUGUUCCCACUGCAUGUUACAGUGUUUGUACACACUGGGGAAUACUUUGGAGGAAUUCUUGGAAAAGUUAAAGCUGCAGACGAAGAUCCGUAUGAUACUCUGACAUACUCAAUCAUGCCCGACCCCUUGGGUGUUAAUACAAGGUAUUUUGACAUUAACCCACGAGAUGGUACAUUAUCUGCCCAAGGUGGUUUGGAUGAAGGUUCGUACUCUGUGAAUAUCUCGGUAACUGAUGGGAAGUUUACAACUUUCAGUGAAGCUGAAGCUGAUGUCGUUGAUAUAAGUGAUGAUAUGGUGAAUAGUGCAGUUAUUGUUCAGCUUGCUGGUGCGACUCCAGAGGAAUUCUUGCUAUCAUACAGACGUAAUUUUCACAGAGGUGUAAAGAAUCUUCUUAAUGCCAAAUCUCGUGAUGUCAUCAUUCUAAGUUUGCAAAACAGCAAUGUAAGAGUGCGAAGAGAUAAUAAAAAGAAAUCAGUUGGAAAAUCUGUGUUUGAAGAAGGUGAUUUAGAGGUACUUUUUGUUGUUAGAAAAUCUUCUGGUGAUUAUUAUCCAAGAAAUUUUGUUAGAAAAAAGAUUUUAUCAGGCCGUCAAACUUUGGAAUCAGUCCUUGGACUUCGUGUAAUUGGAGUGCUAGAGGAUGAGUGCACCGAAAAUACUUGUGAAAAUGGCCAGUGUGAGGAACGUAUUGUACUUGAUGAUGAACAAGUUGCUAUAACCACAGAUACUAUGAGCUUUGUUUCUCUACAUCAUAGACAUGAAGCAAAGUGUAUAUGCCCUAAUGGCUUUUCUGGUGCCCGAUGUGACAUUGUUAUCAACCAGUGUGCACAUAAACCUUGUCCAUCAUAUAAGAAGUGCAUUCCAGAUAGUUCAAGACUAGGAUACGUGUGUCUAUGUCCCGAGGGAUUGGUAGGUGCUACAUGUACACAAAACAAGUCUAGUUGCAUUGGCAAAGAUAAUAGUCCUGAAUGCUACAGUCCAGUAUCUCCCUUAUCUUUCAAAGGGAAGAGCUACGCGCAAUAUUCCCUUCGGAACCCCAUUGAACGCCACUUUUCCUUCUCUCUGUGGUUCCGGACACUCCAUCCAUCUGGGAACCUAAUGUUUACAGCUGGCAGGAUUGACUACAGCAUCUUAGAGUUGGAGGGAGGAGAGUUACGUUAUCGUUGGGACCUUGGUAGUGGUGAGGGAGUGGUAGCAGUUACAUCGUUGCGAGUUGAUGAUGGGCAGUGGCAUCAUGUUAGCCUUGAGCGAUUUGGUAACACAGCUGAAGUAUCAGUUGAUGGUCAACAUCGUGGACAAGGAGCUUCGCCAGGAUCAUCAGACUUGCUCAAUCUUGAUACCCCACAUUUAUAUCUAGGAGCAGAAGUAAGACCUUGGGCAGGAGCACAAGAUCCACGCCAAGGACUUGUAGGAUGUGUUGAUGAUCCCAGAGUUGAUGAUACACCUUUACCUCUGACUCAUACAACUACUACCAAAGUGGCAUCACUCACUCGACUGACACAUGUAGCGCCACACUGUCAAGCAGCACUGCAACCUCCUGGUGUUUGUGGUGCCCAUCCCUGUCUUAAUGGUGGCACAUGUGAAGAGCGAGGUGCAUCUUUCAUAUGUCAGUGCCACCCACGAUUUCAGGGUUCACGUUGCGAGUUAGACUCUAACCCAUGUGCAUCAUCCCCUUGCUUAAAUAAUGGGCAUUGCGUCAAUGUCGAAAAUGCUUAUAGAUGUGAAUGCCCAGCCCGGGUGUCAGGUCCUCGUUGUCAAUAUAUGUAUUGUAAUCCUAACCCCUGUCUCAACAGGGGAAUAUGUGAAGAGGGAAUUUCGGGUCCAAUUUGUAAGUGCAGAGGAUUUACUGGUGCCUAUUGCAAUAUUGAUAUCAACGAGUGUGCUAAGAACCCUUGCCACAACGGUGGAACUUGCAUAAAUUCUUAUGGUAGUUUCCGCUGCAUGUGUCCAGGAAAUGCUACAGGAACUUACUGUGAUUCAUACAGAGGAUCUUUCAUUGACAUUGGCAUGGAAGAGAUCAUCUAUAUAGUUAUUGGCAUUGUGGCUGUCAUAAUUUUAGGCCUUAUAAUUGUUCUCGCAAUGCACUGUCGAGAAAGAAGAGCAGCACGGAGGCGGCAGCUAAUUGAACAAACAAACCAUGUUAUCCUGAAACCCAAAAAUACAGAUAACCACAAUAUUUAUAAACGAAAUUCAAAGAUGAGCAACUUGGAAGCUUCCCAGAAUCCGCACGGUUGCACGCCUCGCCCCGACUCCUACCCCACUAGUCCUAGCGAAACUGCGUACAUGCCGCUAAACAACUUUGACACCAUCCGUAGCUACGGCUCAGCUGGAGAUGAGCUAGAAAACCUCCCUCAGUACCCUCGGGAGUUUGUCCAAAAUAUUUCCAAGUCCAACAGUCUCUAUCACCACCACACACCCCAGAUUAAUCCCCUGGGAACCCCUCGGGGCUCCACAUUGGGUUCUUUGGUGAGCUCUGCUUUGGGCUCUUCCAUAUGUUCCCCUGUCACUGCCACUCCUGCAGACACUGACAGUUUGCACAAGCCUUGGAAGGAUGCACUUGCACAUAAUCUGAAGGACACCUACUAUGAGAAUAACAAGAUUCAGAAUGAUGUAAAGUUCCGUCAGGGUGAGUACUUGAGCCUCAAGAAGUUAAGUGUAGAUGGCAGUACCAGGGAUGAUGCCAGUGUACGUUCAGGGACAUCAGUGGAUGAUCUGCCAGGCUACCACUGGGAUUGCUCAGAUUGGGCGCGACCAUCCCAGAAUCCACUUCCUAACAUCAUGGAGGUCCCUGGAGGUGAAGUGAGAGAUUCUUCAUCAUACCAUUCCAAUGAAUCAAAUGAAUCUAUAGUAGUGGAACCAACCAAAAACCAGCCUUUGAUGCCACCAGUUGAGGGCCCUGUAGAUCCUGGCCGUGACAUGGAGACCUUGCCCGCUGACGAGCUUAUCAGCGAGUGUGAUACAGAGUUUGAAUUAGAAUCUCGGCCUGAUUUGGACACUUCCCAGCUUCUUGAUCCUAAUUCUGAUGCUGGAGCUGAGUCAGACACCUCAUUGUUUACUCCACAACCCCAAAGAUACGAGACUCACCCCAACCAAUACCUUCCACAUUAUCAAAUUGGCAGUGAAACAGAAACAGAAGAUGAAAGAAGCAAGUUAUUAAACACACUUGAUGACCCUUACAGUGUAAAUUACCGGCCUCCACCAAUCAGUCAUCUCCCCGAGGAUCGAGAUGGUGUUACUUAUUCCCCAUACCGAAUUCGUAGCAAUCGCAGACAUGAUACUGUGAAACGUUUUAGUGAAUUUGGAGGCGAUAUGUCUGUGAUUUCUGGAAUGGAGGAUGAAGAGGAAGGAGCCUCCCUUUGGGGGGGUGCAGCUUCAAAUACAUCUGCAUCAGACCUGGAUAAUGUCUGUGAUAUUGAGGACUCAGAAGUAAACUCCGAAUUUGAAAAUGAUGAUAAAGGAAAGAAAUGAAUAUAUUAAUGAGCAUUAGUACAAUUCAUAUUAUAUUAUAAUAUAUAUAUAUAUAUAUAUAUAUAUAUAUAUAUAUAUAUAUAUAUAUAUAUAUAUAUAUAUAUAUAUAUAUAUAUAUAUAUAUAUAUAUAUAUAAUAAAAUACCCUAAUUUUUUUUGGCAAAUCUCAAAACUGAACUGAUUGCAUUAAUUGGCAAGAAUUGUUUUGAUUGAAGCGCACAAAUGAAACGGUAUGAAUGUAAUAAUUGCAUAUUUACUGAAAAUCAAAUAAUUUAGUCUGCAAACAUUUCAAAUAAAUCCAAAAUGAUGGACAAAUGCUGUGUAUUAAACUAAGUGUGAGUGGCAAAAAAAGUGACAGGAUUAUGUCUAUAUUUCAGCUGCCAUUUCCUAGUGCCUGUAUGCCGAUUAAGUAAGAGUUCAUAUAACUUAUGUAUAUCUUCCAGUGUGCCUAAUAUCCCAAGGUCUUCAUCAAUUCAUAUAAUGACUGAAUGGUCCUGAUAUUUUCGUGUAAAUCUGAAUUGUGAUUCCUUGGACAAAGUGCCAAUUUUUUUAUUUAGUGAAAGAAAACCAAGGAAUUCCUAUGUAUGAUGUGUCAGUACAUUAGACCUACUAGCACUGGAUAUGAUAUUUUUUCUCAUCCAGGAAGUAACACCUGAAAAUGUUACCCUGGAGUAUGUUGAUUCUCAAGGUCUUUGGUGCUACUGGAAUGGACAGUGCAACAAUAGCUAGCAGACGAUGUAAUUUGCUACAGGUGAGUGGGCCAUUUAGGUGUUGUGUAUAUAAAUGUGUAAAUAAAACAAAUUCAAUGUAUAUAACUAAAAAAAAUGUGUUUCACAGAAUGUUUAUAUUUUUUUGCAGUGUGAACAAACAGGGUUAGAUUUUUCAGGUAUGUUAUGCUGCCUGUGAGAAUUCUGGGUAUGCAAUCAAUCACAGCUUAGGGCUGAAUGAUCGACUAGUCUGCAUUAGAUGUUGCAAUCUUUGAGCAUUUUUGUCAUCAUUUGAGUUACAACUUGGCACUGAAAAUCCAUUUCAUCUAUUAAAACAUUAUUCUGAUUUCCUGUUAACCCUAAAGCCAUACAGUUCAUUUUUUUAGAGAACUUUUUAGUACAAUUAUUUUUUUAUGCAAGAACAGUUUAGUGCACCUUUUAAUCUAUCGUGUGCCAAAGGCAGCAGUCAUUUUCUUGUGUCCACAAGUGUCCUUGAACAGAGCAGAACAGAUUCGGGUCAUUGACGAGAGACAAAGUAAAAUGUGUCUGAUAUUCUAUAGUAUGAUAUUGGCCCGUGUCCUAUCUGUCCUGAAUGUUGCUUGCAACUAUUAAGAUUAACUGGAAUUGAAGAGCAUUUUGUAUGAAAUAUAAUUAUGUAAUUUUUGUAUAUUAACAAUGAUUAAUCUAUUCCUGAAUAAAAAGAUCUCCAAACAGCUUCCCAAAUAAGGCUUCCUCUAUAUAACUUUUAUUUAUACAUUUUUGUCGUUACUUAUUCAGUUAUAUACAUGUGCAUUGUAAUUGGAGAUGCAGGUAUAUCAUAAUUUACUUAAUUAAGUGUGUGUGUGUGACGAGACCUGCAAAUAUGACUUGAAAAUCGUUGCUGGUAAAUUAAAUAUCUGAUGUAUUUUCUGGUAUAUAAUGUCACAGUUAACAUUAAUGUUACUGAUUGAUGCUUGUUGUUGCUGGUCAUGCCACAUACAGUGUAAUCUGUUUUUUUGCCAUUUUUCCAGCUAUCAUAUCCUCUUUACCAUUCCGUUCCUGAUAGGUUACUGUACUAACCGAAGUAAUUGUGAUAAUAGCUGUACUCUAUAAAGGAGGAAUUCAUAUUUUUACUGUGAACUAAUACAGGAGUAAUGGUUAUAUUAAAACUUUUAUGGAUGAAUGGUUGCCAUGGCAGCUAUUGUUUUAUACAAAUUUUGUAAAUAAACUUGUAAUAACUUUUAA